AUGGUCGGGAUCUUCUCCAGGUUCUCCGCCGGCGCCCACCGCCGCUCCAAGAGCGUGGCCGAGGUUGUCGAGACGUUGGCCCCCAGCAUGAGUACAGGAGAAUCUGAUCCAGCAGCUGUUCCUGCAGAGAGCCCUCACGGUAUUGAGGUUGGCGUUGAGUUCAAGCCGGUGGAGCACCCUGUGGAACCUCUCAAUCUUGACGAGCCAGUAAAAUGCCCACUUCCUGAGCCAUCUAUACUGCAUGAUAGGAGGAUAGGAGGAUGGGAGGAUAUGGAAGGAGAAAAUGUCUUCAGUCAGUACGAGGGUGAGAACAGACUUGAAGGUGUGAAGGAAGGGUCGCAGCUCGAGCCUGACAGUAGCAGUGCUAGGUCACGAUCCGCAGUUCCAAGGCGUGCCAUAUUGCCCUCCGUAAGCGCGCCUGAGCACAACAUCCUAGCGCUGCUUGACGAGUGCGACGUCUCUGGGAGCCGUGGCUCUGCUGAAUGA